CUUAUAAAGGCAACAAGCAAGGAUGUCGGUUAAAAGGUAAAAUCAAGAGCUGAAGCCAGUGCUUGGAAAGAUGAUUCUCAGCGGUGUUAUUGUUGUUGUCUAUGCUAUUUUCGUUUCUGCGGCGCCGGUCGCCCAAAACUCUAUUUUGGUUGAAAUCGAAGAGGAAUAUAACGAUGUGCCUGCAACUGUCUUACCCUCGGUGAAUGGUGAUGAUGAACAAGGAAGUUUCUUCGAAGGUGACAUGUUGUUAACGUCGGCUCAACAUCAAGCCAUUCAACACGCAAAGUUGGAGCGAAAUGGUUUAAAGGGGAGCACCAAACGUUGGCCGAAUCGUACUGUUCUAUAUCACAUCGUCGAAGAGGACUUCGAUGAUAAAGAAAUCAUGAUGAUCGAAGAGGCGAUUAAGGACAUAGCGAAUAAGUCAUGUCUUAAAUUUCGCAAGAAGGAAAAGGAUGAACAUGCUGUUACAAUUCAGGGCUCAGCCAACGGCUGCUUUUCAAAUGUAGGGUACAGUCCUACAACGAGCGAUGAUAGUGACGAAGAAAUAACUCAGGUGCUAAAUCUUUCCAAGGGUUGUUUUAAGCAUGGAACUGUUGUGCACGAGAUGCUCCACACUUUGGGUUUCUAUCAUAUGCAGAGCACUUUUGAUAGAGAUGAGUACGUGGAAAUAGUGUGGGAAAACAUACGAUCAGGAACCGAGCAUAAUUUUGCAAAGUACACGGUAGACACAGUAACAGAUUUCGGCGUGCCUUACGACUAUGGUAGUGUCAUGCACUAUCCAGAAAAAGCAUUUUCUAAGAAUGGAAAUAGAACGAUAAUACCACUGAAGGAGGGUGUUACUAUAGGUCAAAGAAAUGGAUUAUCGGAGAGCGACAUUCAAAAACUCAACAGAAUGUAUUGUGAAGAAUCUGAAACGGCUCCCGUUAGUUAUAUGGAAUAACCUUUAUGAUACUAUCGAUCUAAAAUAUUGGUUAAGUGACAAAUAAAUACAAUGACGAAUA